AUGUCGACGUAUUACCACGGCGCCCUCAAGGUGGAAUGCUUCAUCAAUCCCCAGUCACAAGCUCGCUGGCAUCUUGCAUCCCCUGCCUCUGGACUUCACCUUGAAUCUACACGGGACGACUCUCCUUUACCACCGCCGUCCUCUGAAUCUUCCUGGCUCACUGUCAAUAAGAGGGGCAGAGGAUAUCUUAUGUGCCUUGCUUCUGGAAAACAAAUCAGAUUGAAGCGCAGAAACUUUUGUUUCUCAACUCAUCAGAGAUUAUCCUUCAAGUAUACUGCUUCUGAAAAAUAUCUUGAGGGUCGGGAACUUUCGGGAGAAUAUAUAUGGAAAUAUCAGAAAACGACAAUGCAAUACUUUUUAACGAAAAAAGGCGAGUUGCGGGUGUACGCUAUGAUGGCUUUUGAUCCGAAUUGUUUUCAACGGGGUUUCUGGCAAAUUUCACAUGUAUGA